AUGCCCUCGUUCAUCAUCCAUCGGCCCUUUGACAUCUUCCACCGGUUCAUCCGGCCAACCCGCAGAAUCUCUCUCGACUCGCUCCCAAACGAUGUUCUUGUCGACGUCGUUUUCGAUUACCUCGACGUGAUCGAUAUAAUACGCCUUCGCAUGGUCAACCGUCUCUUUCGAGACCUCACGCACCAACCCAUCGUCUGGAAGCGCAUGCUCGCUCGCCACAAGGACCUCCGCGUGCCUCCGAUGGCGCCCAUCCCCGGUCGAAAUCGUCUCCCGCAUCUGAGCGGCGACGAGGUCGAGCGCCUGCUCGUCCGCGCCGUCUCCCUCGACCGCAACUGGGACCGAGCAGCGCCAACUCCGCACAGUGUGUGGGACUUCCGAUGCUCGCAUCCCGUCUCUUCGAUGGUCCUCCUUCCCGGCAGCCAGCACCUCGUCGCGUCCGUGCACACCCCGUCGCACUCGGAACACUCGGUCGUAGUCUACUCCAUCGAGAACAAUCCGCCGCGUGCGCUCACGGCGUUCCCUACAGGCAACAAGGCCUACGACCUCACGGCAAAGUACAUGACGGUCAUGGGCGAGCCGUCUCUCGUGGUCGCGUUCAUCUCACGCGACUACCACUCGCGACGAAUGAGGCACGACGCCGAAAAGGGCCGCAUCAAGCCGCCUGACGUGUACAGCACCGAGCACAAAAUCGAGUCGAUCGAGUUCCGCUACCAGUGCAACGUCGUCUUCGCGCCUCUCAAGAACCUGCAACAGCUCGCCGACAUCCCGUACCCGACGGACACCCAGCAAUACCGCGACUUUGCCGACACGCUGCCCAAGCCGUUCCAAAACCUCGUCUCUCUCGCUUCGCGCAAGCAACUCUCCUGUCCGACGUUGGCGGACAUGUGGGGCGGUCCGUACCUGGCCGUCGCGAAGGGUCCGAAGCACGUCGCGUUCAAAUGCCUGAACAAGGGUGCAGUUGCCACCCUGGCAUGCAGUGUUGGCUCGCUGGUCCGUCGCGAGCACGCCAUACGCGCCAUACGCCUGAUUCCAGACGAACACGUCGUGCUCGUCGUCCGCGAAGCCCGAUCGCGUGAGCACGGCAAGCCGCCGAUCUACACGUUCGAAAAGUUUCCCGCGCUUCCGUCUGGCAAGGCUCCGUACACGCUCGAGCGUAUCAGCGACGCGGUCUGCAAGGUCAAACCGGAAGCGUCGAUCGACAAGUUCUAUAUGCCCGAGUUGCCGCACAUGCCGAACGCAGAGGAGUACCUCGCACCGCCGCCAGCACCUCGGCCCAAUUCGAACGCGACCGCUCCUCCGGAACCACGGCCACCGGCCCCCAACCAGCCGCAGUCGCAGCGAGCUCCGUACCUGCCGCAUCUCCCCUCUCCUGAGCUUGCCACGCUGGGACACUUGCAAGACACGCCGGCGACGAUCCCCGACCCCUUGCUCUGGGCGCCUCAAGCGACGGUCCCGAAGCCACCUCGUUCGCUCGUGAUGUUCGCGCGCCUCGAGCGCACGCACCAGAUCAUCCGGAUCAUGUUCGAAGCGCGCCAGCAGGCCUUCACGACCGACCACGGCCUCGAGUUCAAGACGUGGACGUACGAUCUCGAUCGGUGUGUGCUGCACUCGUUCGACUGGCCGGUCCUGCACGCGCGCACACAGCUGCUCCCGGCGUCGCACAAGCCGCUCGUCGUAGGCUCCGAUCGCGACGACGUCUCGAUCGCGCCCAAGAUCACGUCGGUGCACGCGGUGGUUGACUGCGCGUUCACGCUUCCCGUCGUCGCGCUCGACGGCGUGGUCACGCACGGGGCGCUGCCACCGCCCGCGGACCCGGACGCGCCGUACGUCCCGGAGCCGAAUCCGCCAGACCCGCGGCAAUGCAUGUGGCUGCCGUCGGUCGACUUUGGCGCGCCUGAGGAGGGCGAGGAGCUCGUGGGGACGCGGGCGGACGCGUUCGCGUGGGACGAGACCACGGGCCGGCUGGUGGUCGCGGCGCACAACGAGGGGCUCCUGCGGGUGUUCGAGUUCGCGGGGUCGCCCGUCACUGACGAACGGGCGCUGGCGCGGGAGAUGGCGGAGCGUCAUGAACGCGACGCGUUCGACAUUGUCGUCAGGAACGGGCUCGUCAUCGGCAAGCGUCCGGCGGGCGGCCGCUUGGUCCCGACGCAGGAGCCCGUCACUGGGCCACGCGUGAUGUCGUUAGAACCUGGUCCAUCCAAGCCCAAGCGUCCUUCACGGCGGAUCCGCGCCGCGCCUACGAACGAGUAG